AUGGGAUGGAAAAAGGCUAGUAAACACUUCAAUGUGCCCAAAACUACUCUUAUAAGAUUAUCUAAUGUUAAGUACGGCACAUCUGAAGAGGCAGUAAAAGUAAAGAGGGGUAGGCCAACUGUUUUGAGUAAAGAUAUUGAAGAGGAGCUAGUUACUUACUGUCUUGCGAUGGAGGCAUCAUUUUUUGGUCUUACUCGUGCUGAUCUCCGAAGAAUCGCUGUCCAAUUGGCAGAAAGAAAUCAAAUCGCACACCCUUUCAAAAAUGAAAUUGCAGGGAAAAAAUGGGUACGUCUUUUCUUACAAAGGCACAAGUCUAAGUUAUCAGAAAGAAAGCCAACUGGGACUUCUUAUAGCAGGGCUCUUGGGUUUAGCAAGGAAAAUGUUGAGAUGUUUUUUGGCCUUUUGGAUGAAGUUUAUGAGAAGGAAAAAUUUACUCCUGAUAGAAUUUAUAAUGUUGACGAGAGCGGAAUAACCGUUGUUCAAUCAAAAGUAGCAAAGGUUGUAGGUCUAAGGGGGAAAAAACAGGUUGCUUCCUUGACUUCAGGAGAGCGUGGAGCCCUAAUCACUGUUGUAGCUUGCAUGAGUGCUAGUGGUUCUUUUGUGCCCCCGUUGGAUGGAUUCAGACAAAUUUCUUUCACAGAGUGGUUUCGACAUUUCAUUAAGUUCUCCAAUCCCACCAAAGAAAAACCUGUGCUCUUGUUGCUGGAUGGGCACUUUAGCCACACCCAAAACAUAGAUUUAAUUGACCUGGCAAAAGAAAAUCAUGUGACCAUUCUUUCUCUGCCUCCCCACUGCUCUCAUAAACUCCAGCCGUUGGACAAGACCUUCAUGGGUCCUCUGAAAAUCCAUUACAGUGAUGAAAUAAGACAGUGGCUCAGAAUUAACCAACGUCCUGUCACCGCGCGUUUGAUGUGA